AUGAGGUUACCACUAAUCACCACUGUCUGCAUCUUCCUCUCCCAAUGUGCCGUGGGGACUCUGGGAAUUGACGAGCCAUCAUCUACCGUACCCCAUAUCCCUGACAUGAUUCCUGAUAUGCUUAAAAGAAACAUCGACUGGAACAUGCAUCCCUGCGAAAAUUUUUAUCAACACCUCAUGAUGAAGCAGCGACUCGAGGAACAGUUCGAAGACGCCAAAAUAGACGCGUGGACAAGUCACUUCCGCAAGAUAGAAGGACUUCGUCUGCUAGGGGAUCUGCGUGUAUAUCUCAGCAAGGAGCUGACCGGCGAGGAACAGAAAAACCUUUCGGCAAUAAAGCACCCAAUUUCGGCGGUGGUUGACGCGGUCUUGGAUCAAGUCCAGAAAUCCGGGAGUUUGAUGUCAAAGGAAAACCUACGCGCCCUGGAAGAGAAGAUCCAAACAAUAGGCCAUGUGAAUACUCUAUCAAAUCUCGAUAACUGGAACCCUCUGGAGGACGCCUACAAAAAGAUUAGCGGAAUUUACGAUACUUUAGCAGCGCACAAUAUGUCGCGAGACGAUGCUUUGGAAGUCAUCAUUGACACCAAUUCAUACCUCAGCGAUAUCAGUCCGGAAUGGGCUGGUUUACUGGAGGGAGGCCUCCACUUUAACUCGGAAUAUCUUGAACAAAGCAAUAUGUAUGCGCAUUUUGCCGCCACCAUCUUGGUGACGCUUCGAGCGGAUCUAGCAGUCAAGUUUGGGGCAACAUAUUCGGUGGCAGGCCAUGAAAUCUACCAUUCCGUCUUCGCGGCCGAAGAGGAGAUGAGCGACGAUCCAAAAAUUGCCAAGAAUAGGGAUUGCUACAUUGAUCACAUCAAGCGGGUCGAAGCGAAUUAUCUUCCCGACGAGCAUAGUAACGUGCCAUUGAGUGGGACUCAGACUUGGGGAGAAGAUUUGCCUGACUUUGAAGCACUACAAACUUCGUUCAAGUUGCUUCAACAACAUGCCCAGCCCGCGAAGCUGGUGCCAUAUAAACAGCUGCCGCGCCUCACUCGAGAAAUGCUCUUCUUCUAUUCAUGGGCUGCCGUUUGGUGCAUCCCUGGCCGUCGCGUGGGAGAUCCCGAUGACAGUCAUUCUGGGAAUUUCUUGAGGGUUAAUGCCCCGUUGUCCUUGAUGAGCUCCUUCCAUAAAACCUUUCAAUGCCCGAAAGACAGCCGCAUGUACAAGUUUUAUGAACAAGCGCCGGCUGGGAAAUGCAACCAGAUUGGUGAGGAGGCACGGCGAAUUAAAGCCGACAAC